AUGAAGUUCUCUCUCAUUAUCGUCGCUCUCAGCACCAUAGUGGCAUCUGCCAUUGCUGCACCGGCAAAGAGCGUUCCGGCAAAGGACAACAGCGGAGGCAGAGUUGUACUUGACGGUGCUCAGUGCAGUCCCGUUCAAGGACGUCUGGUGUGCGAUGAUGGCCUCGGCAACACAUUUUUUGCGGACGACCCUUUCUCGUCAUAA